AUGCCCGGUGCUGGGUACGGUUUGGAUCUGGAUGAUCACCUGCCCCGUCGGUUGAGACUGGAACAAGGAGGUAACAGCAAAGACGUUUUUUGCAUGGUCAAGGCCACGAUGGCAGAUGAGCGGCUGUCCCAGCCACCAAUUCUGGUAUACCCACAAUGCUUUCUUCCUGCAACCCAAGGGUUCUUCAACAGGAUCAACGACACCAACUUGCUCGUGACCGCUUCUUUAGAUCAAGGCCGUUGUGAGGAACUGUCGGAGUUGGCCGAGAACAUCCAGAAAGAUUUCCCGCAUAUGCAGAGAGGUGUGGCAUACCUGAGGUCUCUGAUGGACGGGGAUAGGCGCUGGCAACCGUUGCCUAGGCUGCAAUUUAUUGAAGCAGGUCCAGCUGCUUCUCUUGGCCUGGGCAACUUGCAAGUCGGACAGCCUCCACCUCCCCCGAAGCCUCACAGGGUAGGAAAGCCGGUCGACCUCCCAAGUGCAAUGGGGGAGUUGGCUGCUGAUGCGGCUUCUGAUGAAGUGCUUCAGAAGAUCGCAGCGUUCUUCGAGUCAGUCAUUCAGGAUGGCAAUUUUGGAGAGUGGGUCAACAAAACAGAUCGAAAAGUGUUGGACGAGGAGCUCUCACAAGAACAGCUUGAACUACCAGGGGUGGAAGUUGUUCUCAGCAGCAUUCAGCAUGUCACGGCUCAGAAGCAGGCGCCUUCACCCAUAGAUUUCUUGGGGGCCAUGAAGAUGGCGGUGAAUGUGGAAAAGCGCCUUGCGAAGGGCAAGGUCUCGAAUGCAUUGCGGGAUGUGCUCACCCGGUGCGUGGGGGAGUACAACCGGUUGGUCACGAAGAAAGCUCACAGGAUAGACACCCCCAUCAAGAAUCUGAUUCUGAACCUGUUACGCACCGAUGAUGACAUCCAGCAGAUCCUUCACCAUCACUAUGACAUGUUUCCCCACACAGUUUCAGCCUUGCCGAUCGAUGUCCUCCAACAAGACUUCUGGGUUCCUGGCAGCACAGGGAGGGCUGAUUCUGCACGAUAUGCUGGAAAGUCGUUGUUCCGGGAGAUCCUUUCACCCACCGUGGACACUUGCAAGCUAUGGAUGAUGCGUGCCACUGAGGACUUCAAGCGCCGGGUGGGCCCUGAUGCAUCGGUCAAGAGCAAGUCUUUGGCAGCGGCCUGGAAUGUGUGGAAGGAGAUGCUUCUGUCCGAUCAGGAGAUGCACAACAAGGCGUGGGGCCUCGUCUCGGGUUACAUGACGAAGAACUUGGAGACAUUUUCGGGCAAAUCCAUUGAGGCCGAAUCAACCGUUUUGCCGUCAAUCACUGAAUGGAUCCAGGACACACUCAGUGAUCUGCCAGUAGACAAAGCCAUGGAUGGUCACUCCCUGGUCAUAUGGUGUAACCUGACCACUGUCGGAGUGAUGCCUGCUGCCAAAUUUGAUUUUUUCAUUACGGCAGUUUCAAACCUCCUGGCCACCCACAAGAGGAAUGCCAUUGCCUUGAUUGUACACUGCAACAGGGCAUCUGAUACUGGCAGGACACAAGAGAAGGUCGAGAAAGACGAAGAGGAUGACAAAGUGGCAAAGGAGGAGGAUGAUGGUGAAUCUGACAUGGAGGGGUCGGAGGACAAUGAGAAGGAGAACGCGGAGGAAGCUGACAUUCGAGAUAUGAGGCACAAGCUCGAGAAAAUGCUUUCGGCAACAUCAAGAAACCUCGUUGUCAAGAAUGUUACGUGGGUGUUCGACAAGGCGACGGUGUACGGAAAACGUGAUGCCUGUAUUCAGGGGCUGGCAGUGGUGCACCGUGACAAGCUGAACACAUUCAAGGCAUCGGCUGGAUGGAAGCAUGGCCUUAUCCGGGAUUGUGCAAUGCUCCCUCGUGCCCAAAUGUUCAAACCGGAGGCGCCGUCGGCGACACCUCACUUGGGACGUGCAUUUACAGAUGCGCAGGAGUUGCGCCAGGUUGCUGGUGGUACGGACCUGCUGCGGAAGACGCUGAAUGCCUUCCUCCCACCUUCCACAAAGACGGCUUUGCUUGUAGACCUCCACUGCUACGAUGCAUGGCCGGCCCUGACGGCUUUGGAGGAGUCAACCGGCAACCGCACUGUCCUUUGCUGCAACGUUGUGCUGGACAAGGCCCCUGACGGACUGAUUCAGAGAGUGGCCAACAAAGUCUAUGAGGCUUGCAGGGCUGACCAGUUGAAGGUUGUUGGGUUCCCAGCUUUUGGCCCCCUGGUACAAGCGCUUCAGUCGUGCAAACCCGAAAACCAGACCACCAACUACCAAGUGUGCGUGCGCAAACAUGACAGAUUGGUGGUACUGCAGUCACUAGCUGCCAAAUGGCUCGAGACUGAGUACAAAGAUGCUACCGUGGUCGAGCUAGAGAAUCACAACCAGAAGUACAAUGUUGAUGGCGAGUAUUGGCAUGAGACCGCUGAGAGGUCCGCAGAAGACGAUGAAGGCCGUCCUCUGAAAAGGAUAAAGCUGGAGGAAUCGGAGCUGGCAAAGGAAGCUGAUGUGGUGACUUUGCAAAAGCCGUAUUCCUUCCAGAUCAACAACUGCUCCGAGAUGGUGUGUGGAAAAGAUGGUGAUCCCUUGUACCUGGUCUCCCGCAACAAGAAUCAGUAUCUCAUGCAUCGAGAGAUGUUCAGUUUUGGAUCAGGAGAUUGGCGGGUGGGACCAGAUGCGGUGGAACUGAUGCAGGAGGCCAACGGCCGGUGGUUCAGCUUCGAUGUGGGGUUUGAAACGGUGAUGGUCUUAGAAAAGAAAGGCCUGGCUGAUCACCUGGGUUCCCUCUCCUGUGUGGAAUCCCCUACUUUUUUGACAACCAUUCUCCGAGAACUUGAGGAUGCUGGCGAGGUCAAGGUGGGCAUCACGCAUCACAGCUUGUCCUCGGAGAAGAUUGAGCAGGAGAAGCCCUUGGCGUUUUGCAUGGACGCUGUCAAGGUCGAGCAGCCUCCUAAGAAGAAGCGGAAGUCCAAUGCAGCGGCUGGAUCAAUGACUUCUAAGAAUUUUGGGUCGGUCCUUGACAUUCCGAAGCUUAAGAGGGCAAAUCGAAUCUUGAUUGGGUGGCGUGUCAGGCUGGAUUCGACGAGUUCAUCGGGUGUGAAGACUAUCGUGCCGAUUAGGCCAGUGGCAUGUCUCAGCGGCGUGCUUGACUUAGGAGAUGCGGUGGUGAAGUUCUUUUGA